AUGGACGAGGUGUGGCCGUGGCUGGCCACCCUCCCUCCUCCCGGCGCUGGCACCGGCACCGCCACGGCAUCCAUCCCCCUCGCCGCCUCCCCCGAGGCCGAGGGCGCCUCCAUCGUCCUGCAGGCCGACUGCACCACCACCGCCGACGGCGGCACGGCCGUCGUCGCUUUCUCCAUCGCCGUAGACAGUGCCAACGGCGUGGCUCGCCGCGUACUCUGGACGUCCGAGGCAUUCGCGGCAGCCUCCGAGGUCGCCCCGCGGCUGCUGCUUCUGGCCCAGCUGCUCGACGAGGUGACCGCGCUCUCGCCGUCCAUCACUUCCUUGAGAAGAGAACCGGACGCGUCGUCGUCGGAGUCGAAGCUGCUGGACGCGGAGGUCGUGUCCGCCGUCAUCGCGGCCACGGGCGUCGAUGAUGGUUCACACUUCUUCUCGCUGGCGCUGCUCAUGCGUCUCUUCUGGCUGUGCGCCCUGGAGGCCCCCGCGGACCUUGGGUUCCUCUUCUUCCAAGCUCUUAGCACGGACAUCGAGCGCGCCCUCGCCGGCUGCGCCCCGGCGGCGCUCGGCGGGCUGCUGCUCUCCGUCGGCCCGGACGUCGAGGAGCGGUUCAUGCGGUUGCUCGGCUACAUGCUGGCCAAGUGGUGCCUGCUGCGGGAGAUGCAGUCGGCGCCCAAGCCGCCGGCCAAGCCCGACGUCGCGUGCCUGUCGUACGCCACGGAGGUGCACGGCCUCUGGGUGCUGAGAGGGUACGCGCCGGUGCUCGCCAUCCCCCGCGUCGCUGGUGCGACAUCGCCGGCGACGAUCACGGCCUUGCCUCAUGAGCUGCCGGAGGAGCCGGCGCUGCGGUACGGCCUGGUGCACCAGCAGCUGGAGGCCGUGGCCCAGGUGGAGUACGCGGUGAGCGUGCGAGACAAUGGCUUCAUCGUCGUCGGUGUGCACGUCGACAACAUACGGGUGCACGUCGUGCGGCUCGGGUAUAGUAAGAAGGACGACACCGGCACUGGGGAAGACGACGUCGACGACGACCAUGUCUUGGACGGCGAGAGGCAUUUCCCGUCGCGUAUCCGGCUCUGGGUCGGCCCUAGGUUCGGCUCGUCCUACGCCACGGGCCCGAGCCUGGGCCGGUCGACGGGGAACCCGGAGCGGGAGGUCGAGACGACGCGCACCGUCAAGGGCGCCUUCUCCGGCACCACCAAGCUCGGCGGCGACCCGAGGGUGAAGGCGAAGAUGCGCUCGUCGUCGCGGGCACGGAACCGGAGCUGGCGGUGGGAGCAGGAGGCGGAGGGCAGCGCCGGCGUGUUCGAGGGCGUGCUGUGCGACCCGGCCACCGGGACGGAGGUCUCAUCGUGGCGCCCGGGCAGCAGAGAGGCCGACCCGCGCAGCGGCAUGAGGCGCCGGUACGGGGGCCCCGGGCGAGCGUUCAGCAAGAUGCGGGGGCUGGUGGUGGCCGGCGACGAGCUGCCGGAGGAGGUGACGUGGAGGGUAGGGAGGGAGGCGGAGGGGAGGACCAUGAGGUGGCGCCUGGGACUCAAGGUCUGGCUGAGCUACCUGCCCAACGAGGUGAGGAGCCGUCAUUUCGAGACCAGGUGCGUCGAGUGGGCGCACGAGGUCGAGCUACCGCUAAUGGCGACGACUCCAUUGUAA